AUGAAAAAAGCAUUUGAUGCUUACCCUGAGAUAUUAUUUAUUGAUGCCACCUACAAGCUUCUUGAGCUGCGGUUCCCAUUAUACAUUAUCCUCAUAGAAGAUGGCAAUGGGCAAAGUGAAAUUGCAUCAGCAUUUUUGUUACUUGAAGAGACCGAAACAUCACUAUCAAAAAUCAUGUCUAUUUUUAAAGAAAACAAUCCAUCCUGGACAGCUACCAGAGUUUUGAUGGCAGACAAGGACAUGACUGAACGUGACGUACUAGCAUCAAAUUUUCCAAAUGCUGACCUUUUGAUUUGCCUCUACCACACUCUCAGGUCGUUUCGACGAGAGAUUUCUUGUGAAAAAAUGGGCAUCACAUCAGGUCAGAGAACCUUGUAUUUGGAACUUCUCCAGCAAAUGGCAUAUGCCACAAAUGAAGUAAAAUAUGCAGAAUUGUAUUCUCGUUUCAAAACCAACGCUCCUGCAGCUGUAAUCGACUACUUCAACAAGCAGUGGCAUCCCAUUCGUAAGCAAUGGACAAUGGGUAUGAAAUACAGCACAGGCAACUUCUUGAACGCGACCAACAAUAGACUUGAAUCACUAAAUGCCAAAUUAAAAUCUGUCAUUCCCCGCUUUUCCUCCAUGGAAACAUUCACUGAGAAGUUCUUUGUUAUUCUGAGAGUACUACGGUCAAAACGAGAUCAUAAUGCAAGUCUUUCAGUUUUGAAAGUACCCACUGCAUUUCAUUCAACCUCUGAUGAAGCAAGCAAGCAUUAUAUGCGGUGCCUUACUCCCUAUGCCUAUAAGUUUGUGAAAAAGCAAAUGGAUAUGAUUGCAAAAGUUGCAUUAAAAUGUGCAGAAAAUCAGCAGUAUCAUGUGUCCUCUAGUGAAGGCAAUAUUACAGUAACUGCAACCUCAUGCCAGUGUCUAGGAUGGCUCUCAAUGAGGCUCUCAUGCCUUCAUAUACUGUCCGCAAGGGCUGACAUUGGCAUGAGCUUAUUCGACGAAGAAUUAUGUGACAAAAGGUGGACACUACACUACUUCAAGUCAAUGCACAGAGUCUUUUCAAAGGAUUUUGCCAGCAAUCAGUCGACUGUAUCUCUUGUUACUAGUUCAUUGCGUAAAACACAUAACUCAGCACAACCACUCUCUCAGGUUUGUAUUACAUGGCUAGAACUUCAACAACAUUGCCUGCAGUAUGCUCUGGUUCAGUUUCAGAAAUUUAAACUUGUUUCAAGAGUCACAAAUAAAUUAUCUACCCUAGCUUCAGAAGACUCUGGACUAACCUUAACCAAGCGAUUAGAAUUUUUGAAACAAUUAGUUACAGUAUGGGAAAAUGGAGAAACAGUUGCAUUAGUCAAUGACUCUACAAAAGAAAAGCAACAAUAUUCAAAAAAUGAAACACACAAAAACAAAGCUCAACAAGUUCCAUCAGUAAAAAUGAAACAAGAAUCAGAAAUGAAUGCCUACAUCCCGACACCAACUGCUGCAAAGGCAAACCGAAGACAACUAGAGAAUGCAUUGUUUGUAGUAGAGACAAGAGCAGAACGACUGCUUGAGAGUCAACAAUUCUUUCUUAGAUCUGCUCAAAUGACUGACAUACAGAUAGCAAUUAUUGAACUAACCUUCUACAUAGUAUGA